UCCUGACCACAAUGAUGACUAUAAAUGACAUCCAUCAAGCCCAACAGGAUUAGUUAGUGCAGACAAGCCAAGACAUCAAGAUGUGGUUGGAUUUGUAUUUGGGAAUGGCAGUUUUUCUCAGUGUAGAGUGCAAACCAUUGAACAUGGGGACACACAACAAGUUGCUGGUGAUCUCCUUUGAUGGUUUCCGAUGGGACUAUGAUCAAGACGUAGACACCCCUCACAUGGACAAGUUAGUGGAAGAUGGAGUGAAGGCAAAGUACAUCACCCCUCCGGCUAUCACCAUGACGUCCCCAUCUCACUUUACCACCAUAACUGGGAGAUGGAUAGAGGAUCAUGGAGUUGUUCACAAUAUGAUGUUUAAUUCCACAACUCAUCAGAAAGUGGGCCAUAAAGCUACCUUGAAGAGGUCUGAGUGGUGGGACAAUGGAGCCUUACCGUUGUGGAUUACAGCACAGAACCAGGGCCUGAAAACAGGUUCCUUUUUCUUUCCUGGAGGAGCCGCCAACUACAGUGGUCAAUGUGUAAACCGGGCGGUGGUUGAGGAAACAGGUCAACAAGAUGAUAACGAAACAGAGUGGCAUCAGAAUAUUGACACUGUGUUGAGCUGGUUCACCAAAGAAGAUUUUGACUUUGUGACUCUGUACUAUGGAGAGCCUGACAACGUGGGUCAUGCCAAAGGACCAGACCAUCCUGACAGGAAAACCAUAAUAAAGCAGAUUGACCGCACCAUCGGAUACCUGAGGGAGGCCAUCCAGCGAGAUGGUUUGACAGAUAACCUGAACGUCAUCAUCACCUCUGACCAUGGCAUGACCACCGUUAAAAAAAGACCUCUUGUAGAUGAGAUAAUCCUCUCUAAAUACCUGAAUUUCUUCAACUUGGUUUAUUUUGAGCUCCUUGACUACGGCGGGUUUGGAAUGAUCACACCGAAGAAAGGAAAGGAACAGCAGGUUUAUGAUGCUCUCAUGAAGGCCCCAAACCUCACAGUCUACAAGAAGGAAGAUAUGCCAGAGAACUUUCAUUUGUCCAAGAAUGACAGAAUGCAGCCUAUUAUUGUCAUUGCUGAUCUAGGUUUCAACUUAAACUCGCGGUUGAUCGUCUACGUAAACAAAGGAGAUCAUGGAUUCCAUAUGGACGAAAUGGACAUGAAGACCAUCUUCCGUGCUUUUGGACCAGAUUUCAAGAAGAGUUAUCUGUCCGAGCCCUUUGACAGUGUCCACAUCUACCCUCUAAUGUGCAAGCUGCUGCAGAUAGCUCCAGCCCCUAACAAUGGCUCCCUAUCUGUCACUGAGGGCAUGCUGCUUCAGAACGGUGGGAGAAGAAAUCAGAUGUCCCUUGGUGUUUUGGCAUCGAUAUUUGUCUACAUUUUAUUUGUCAUCUAGUUAUUUAUGAUGUCGGUUAUUUUCCGUAAUGUUCGUUAACUGAAAAGAAUUGCAUAGUUGAAUCAAUCAUAACCAAAACUCCAACAGAUAUUCUUAAGGAGAAUCACAUUCACUAUGAUUUUCAUCAACAAUAUCCAUGUGAUUGUAUUAUACACUCAGUUUCCAGUUUAUUAGGUACACCUAUCUAGUACCGGGUCGGACCCCCUUUGCGCCAAUAUACCACGGCUAAGGGCUGUUCUAACACACGUCCUGGACACAGCCCUUAGCCGUGGUAUAUUGGCCAUAUACCACAAACCCCGGAGGUUCCUUAUUGCUAUUAUAAACUGGUUAGCAAUGUAAUUAGAGCAGUAAAAAUAAAUGUUUUGUCAUAUCCGUGGCAUAACUGCAGCUAUACUGCACUCUGACUGCUCUUUCAAUGGCAGUCUGACCAGGUGAAAGCUAUGAUCCCUUAUUGAUGUCACUUGUUAAAUCCACUUCAAAUCAGUGUAUAUGAAGGGGAGGAGACAGGUUAAAGGGGGAUUUUUAAACCUGAUUGAGACAUGGAUUGUGUGUGUUCCAUUCAGAGGGUGAAUGGGCAGGACAACAUAUUGAGUGCCUUUGAACGGGGUAUGGUGGUAGCUGCGCUAGGCGCACCUGUUCUUCGUGUUUUGUACAGUCAGUGUAUGUUUUUCACAUUGAUGCAGUUCAUUUUUGUCAUGGCCAAGGUUAUUGCAGGGUGAAGUGGUGACUUGACAUUUAAACAACAAGGGUGAAUAGGCUAUGGGCUAUUGCCUAAUGGAAAUUAUAUGAUUUUGAAACCAGCCAUGAUGAGUGGCUACACUUGUUGCGGUCAUGUGACGAAGCAGGACAGGUUAGGUCAAACGGAGAGUGAGCGCGCCCUGCAUUCUAUGUGACGUUAUACUGCUGUACAACCACUUCAGUUUUGGAUCCGUGCGUGUCUAGGUUACUCAGCCUACAUCACAACUAGUCUCUGUUGUUUUAAGCUAUGGCUGAAUGUUUUGGGAACGACAUAUAUAUAUUCUACAAUUGACUUAAGUCUUAGAAUAAAGAAAAAAUGUUAAA